AUCAUUCAAAAACUCCAUACAAACCACCUCUCCAUCUUUAGGUGACGAGAUACCAAACGAGACACCGCAAAGAUGAGGCCUAUUCUUCUGUCAGGUCACGAACGUGCCUUGACCCAGAUCAAAUACAACCCCGACGGCGACCUUCUAUUCUCCGUAUCUAAAGAUCAGCAGAUUUGCGUGUGGUUUUCCCACAAUGGCGAGCGACUCGGUACAUACAAGGGCCACCAGGGUGCCAUCUGGACCGUAGACGUGGACCCGACGUCGACAUUCAUAGCGAGCGGUAGCGCCGACAACACCAUCCGCCUGUGGGAGAUCAAGACUGGCCGCUGCCUAAAGGCUUGGGAUUUCCCUACCGCCGUGAAGCGCGUCGAGUUCAGCGACGAUGGCCGACAGCUCUUAGGUGUUACGGAGAAGCGUAUGGGUCAUCUCGGAACUAUCGUUGUUCUAGACAUUAUACCCGACGUCGACGCGGAGCAGAGCGAUGAGCGUGCCCUUACAAUCGUCUGUGACGAGAGCAAAGCCACCGUUGCCGGCUGGAGUUACCUAAACAAGUACAUUAUUGCAGGUCACGAAGACGGCUCCGUCUCGCAGUACGACGCCAAGACCGGAGAACAACUCGACAAUGUCCCUGUACACGAACUCAACAUGCAGGUGACGGACCUCCAAUGGUCGCAAGAUCGCACCUACUUCAUUACUGCCUCCAAGGACAAGACCGCCCGACUGAUGGCCGCGCGCGAUCUCGAGCCCCUAAAGACAUACCCUUCCGAUACACCUCUCAACAGCGCAUGCAUUACCCCGAAGAAGGAUUACGUCAUUCUGGGUGGUGGCCAGGCAGCUAUGGAUGUCACUACGACCGCGGCCCGUCAAGGAAAGUUCGAAGCGCGUUUCUACCACAAGAUUUUUGAAGACGAGAUUGGCCGUGUAAGAGGUCACUUCGGCCCUCUGAACACUGUAGCAGCGGAUCCCACAGGCAAGGGCUACGCGAGCGGCGGAGAAGACGGCUACGUUCGAAUCCACCACUUCGACAAGGGAUACUUCGACUUCCGGUAUGAGGUUGAGCGCGAGCGUGAUAACCGACUAUAGUAUAGCGGCCCUCUCGCCCCCAUCCGCAGAGUCCCGUCUUGAAGUUCCGCACCACCACCGCGGGACUGACAGAAACAACCAGAGCAAAAGAUACCGGCGUUGUGUCUUCCUUUGAUUUUCGUUUUAAAGUUCCGUUUUUUUCUCGCAGCUAUACUUGCAUCCGGGAAGAAGGCUUCGGCGUUUGAGGGUCCAUCCAUCCAUCCAUCGACACUUUUGUUGUUGUUCCAUUAGGCAGGAAAGAGAAAAAAGGUGACGACAACUCAGGGUUAGCUAGGUAGACAUGAGCAAUUCCUUUUUGCUUAUAAUCGAUUUACCUGAUUUUGAGAACGUA